AUGACAAAAGGUCGCGUACGGGCGGCGUACCUCCGAGUGCUCAGAGAAACGCAAGCGAUAACGAUGACGUUUUGCGCGCUCGGUGUGCUUCAGCUCCGCAACGCACAUAGCUGCUACCUCAUUCUCGGCGCAAUAGCAGCAGCAUGGACAGCAAAGUUGCUCAAGCAUUGUAUUCGACAACCUCGACCGACCGGUAGCGGCAAGGUCACCUACGGCAUGCCAUCGACCCACUCGAGCUCGAUGGCUUUCAUCGGCGUCUACCUCGCACUCUGCUUCAUGCUCCUCGAAAUUCAUCCUCGCGCGCGUAUGAUUAUUCCAGGCGCGAAUCACGCAGCGCAACAGCUCCAUGGCGACAAGCGUGCCUUGUUCGGACAAUCUAGCAGACUACUGUUUGCAGCCGUGUCUCUCUUGCUUGCUGUCAGUGUGUGCUGGUCACGCGUCAGGUUAGAUUAUCACACAAAAGAGCAAGUACUCGCGGGCGCUGCGUUGGGGACAACCGUCGCUUGUCUUGCCUUUGCAGCCUGGUUGGGCACAGAUACCAUGCAAGAGUUGACUGGCCGACACACCGUUCUCGGUUUGCAAGGUGGUUUUCAGCAGUUCAGUGGCACGCUCGAUACCCUUGUCGAAAAUGGCCUCUUUGCGUUACGCGACGCAUACUAUGCUCGCGACUAUCGGAUAGCGGUCAGCGCUAUCAAGAAUAGCCUCACUACCAUCGCCUCUCUCAGGCCAGCAUACUCUGUAGAGCUAUGA